AGUCUCAAAGGGCAUUCUGUGCUAUCCGUCAGAGCAUGUGCUACACUGAGAAGAACACAGCCUUUGACAAUUUCUCCUGAAUCAUAACGUUUUUUAUACAGAUCCAUCGCAAUGUGUACUGGGAAGUGUGCACGGUUAGUGGGGCUAAUUCUUCUGCCCUCAGCUUUUUUGUGUAUAAUAGCCAAUGUACUUUUAUUCUUCCCUAAUGGAGUACAGUUGGAAACAGACCAGAUUUCCCUUCAUGUCUGGCUUAUGGGAGGCGUUCUCGGUGGAGGACUAAUUAUGAUGUGUCCAAGCUGCUCAGCCAUCAGAGCCGGGGGCAAAGGCUGUUGCGGGGCAGGUUGUUGUGGAAACCGUUGUCGUAUGCUGAAUUCUGUUUUCUCGUCUGUAUUUGGCAUUGUUGGGUCGGCCUACUGUGCCUCUGUUGCCAUUGCAGCACUGGCUGUUGGGCCACUAUGCCAAGUUGAGACUGGUAAAUGGGAAUAUCCCUUUAAGGAUGCACCAAUGAACAGCAGUUACCUGGGGGAUGACACUACAUGGUCCAAGUGUGUCUUUCCCGAGAAUAUGGUUCUCUGGCACAUCGUGCUUUUCUCCAUACUUUUGGGUCUGUCUCUGAUCCAAAUGAUACUCUGUGUCAUUCAGGUUGUGAAUGGAUGUGUAGGCUGCCUCUGUGGAGACUGCCGGAAAAAAAAAUCGGAUGAGGGAAGUCUAUGAGAUCUACGCAGGAGGAAAACAAAAACAAAGCAUUCAAUCAGGAGUCCUCAUAACAGGAUAAGAGCUUUCACACAACACUAACAACUUGCAAUCCAAGCCAUUACUAAAAAGUGAUGUUGUGUGUAAAUGUAACUUUAUUUUAACUUAAUUAUGUGUUAGUGCUACUGUAGCAGUAAAUUAUAACCAAAUAUCAGUGGCGGUAACCUUGAUUUUAUGAUAGAAAUUGUAUAGAAAUGUAAAAAUUCUCUGUCCUUAUUUAUAAACGUUUUGUAUUUUAGAAUACUAGCUAAAUCAUCAGAUGAUCCAAUACAACCAUCUUUCACAAUAAAUAUAAUUUGCUGACAUUUAUUUUG